GGUGUGAUUAUUGUUCCAAGUGCUGGUGUUGGUAUUGUCCUAGGAGGUUACAUUAUAAAAAAACUGAAACUUGGUGCAAGAGAAUCUGCAAAACUAGCAAUGAUUUGCAGUGGAGUAUCUCUGUUAUGCUUUUCAACGCUCUUCAUAGUUGGAUGUGAAAGUAUUAAUCUAGGAGGUAUAAAUAUACCAUAUACAACAGGACCUACUCUCACCAUGGCACAUAGGAAUCUGACUGGAAGCUGUAAUGUUAAUUGUGGCUGCAAAAUCCAUGAAUACAAACCUGUGUGUGGAUCAGAUGGGAUCACAUAUUUUAACCCUUGUCUUGCUGGUUGCAUUAGCAGUGGAAAUUAUAGCACAGGAAUAAGAAAUUAUACAGAUUGUGCCUGUGUCCAAAGCCGACAAGUUAUCACACCACCCACAGUUGGACAGCGUAGCCAGCUAAGAGUGGUGAUCGUCAAAACAUAUCUCAAUGAGAACGGCUAUGCUGUAUCAGGAAAGUGUGAUAGAACCUGCAACACACUCAUCCCUUUCCUCAUUUUUCUCUUCAUAGUAACACUUAUCACAGCAUGUGCCCAACCAUCAGCAAUCAUAGUAACUCUCAGGUCUGUGGAAAAUGGUGAGAGGCCUUUUGCCCUUGGCAUGCAAUUUGUUUUAUUAAGAACUCUUGCAUACAUUCCUACCCCAAUUUAUUUUGGUGCCGUCAUUGAUACUACCUGCAUGCUGUGGCAACAGGAAUGUGGUGUGCAAGGCUCAUGUUGGGAAUAUGAUGUGACGUCAUUUCGUUUUGUGUACUUUGGUCUGGCAGCUGGUCUCAAAUUUUUUGGCUUCCUAUUCAUUUUCCUUGCCUGGUACACCAUUAAGUAUAAAGAAAAGAAGCAGCAAAGGCAGCUGUGGGAAGAUGCUCCUGUCAGCACUGUGAGCGCAGUAGUGUGUAACAAAGUUGCUCAGCAAAACUAUGCAAGGACUAGAUCCUGCCCCACGUUUAGCUCUCAAAGUGACCAUGGUAACAAUGUCAAUCUAACAACAACAAUGCAUUACACAGCACAAACCUAUCCCGGCCCCCUUACAAUAGAAGCAAUAACCACAUCAGUUGAGAAGCCUUCACAAGAAGUCACUCCUGAAAUAGAUGGGCCCCUUCAGUAA